GUUGGAAUUUACUCAAGAUUGCAGCCACUCAAUUCGCUUUUAGGUGCAGGGGUGGAUGACGUCCGCUUCAUUGGGAUAUGGGGAAUGGGCGGGAUUGGUAAGACAACUAUGGUAAGAGCGGUGUAUGAGAGAAUCUCUCGUCAAUUUGAAUUUAGUUUCCUUCUUACCAAUGUUAGAGACUCCGUUGAGAAAAAUGGUCUACUUAAACUACAAAAGCAACUUCUCUCUGGGAUUUGGACAAAAAAGGAUGACAUAUCAGACCUUCAUGAAGGAGCCACCAUAAUAAGGAGGUUGUUAGGCCACAAAAGAGUUCUUCUCAUUCUCGAUGAUGUGACCCAUUCAAGCCAUUUGAAAUAUUUGGCAGGAAAUGAAGAGUGGUUUGGUUCACGGAGUAGAGUUCUCAUCACAACUAGAAAUGAGCAUUUAUUGAUCGAACAUGGAGUGGAGAGAAGAUUGAAGGUUGAGGAAUUUAAUGAUGAGGAUUCUCUUCAGCUUUUCAGCCAGAAAGCAUUCAAAAAAGGUUACCCUGAAGAAGAUUUUCUUGAUUUGUCUAAAUCUUUCAUAAAUUAUGCCAAAGGUCUCCCUUUAGCUCUUGAAGUACUGGGCUCGUUUUUGCAUGGAAGAGAUCUGAAUGAAUGGAACAGUGCAUUGAGAAAACUAGGAAGAGUUUGUAACUUGGAAAUUUUUGACAUACUUAAAACAAGUUAUGAUGGUCUAGAUGAUGAAGAGAAGAAAAUAUUCCUAGAUAUUUCAUGCUUUUUUUGUGGAGAGAACCAAGAUCGAGUAAUAGAAAUCCUGAUCAGUUGCGAUGUUUCUGCGAUUAUUGGAAUAAAAGUCCUUAUUGAAAGAUCUCUCUUGACUGUUUCAUAUGGAAGACUACAGAUGCACGAUUUGCUCCAAGAUAUGGGUCGGGAAAUUGUCCGCCGGGAAUCUACUGAUGAGCCAGGCAGGCACAGUAGGUUAUGGCUUCCUGAAGACGUCAAACAUGUCCUGACCAAAAAUACUGGAACAGAAGCAAUAGAAGGCAUUGUUCUGGACUCAACUGAGCUUGGAAUAAAGGUGAGGGUGAAUGCUAAAUCCUUUUCGAUGAUGAACAGAUUGAGAUACCUUGUCAUUAAGAAUGGGAACCUACUGAAUGGGCUUGAAUGUCUUCCUAAUAGUUUGCGGAUUCUUAACUGGACCGAGUAUCCCUCGAAAUCUCUCCCAUGGGACUUCAACCCUGAGAAGCUACUAGAACUGAACAUGUGCCAUAGUUGCAUUGAACAUUUUCCGUUGGGAAUAGAGCCUUUAUACAAUUUGAAAACUGUUAAACUCAGCAACUCUUUGAAUCUUGUCAACACCCCAAACUUUAAAGGUAUGCCAUAUCUUGAGCUUCUGUUUCUUGAAGGUUGUACAAGAUUGUAUGAGGUUGACCCAGGAAUUGAAGUGCUUGAAAAACUUACUGUGCUGAACUUGAAAGAUUGCAAGAAUCUAGUGCAUUUUGCUAGCAGUGUACGUGGCUUAAAAUCUCUCAAAGUUCUUAAUCUUUCUGGUUGCUCAAAGCUUAAGAAACUACCAAAUGACAUGGGUCAUUUGGAAAGUUUGGUCGAGGUUGAUGCGAGUGGAAUUUCUAUACAAGAACUACCUUGCUCUAUUGGCAUGCUUGAAGGACUUGUUUCCAUGUCCUUGAGAGAUUGCAAACUUCUUGUGUGUCUUCCAGGCAGUGUAGGUGGCUUAAAAUCUCUCAAAGAUCUCAAUCUUUCUGGUUGCUCAAAGCUUGAUAAAUUGCCAGAUGAGUUGGGUCUUGUUGCCUGUUUGGAGAAGCUUGAUGUGAGUGGAAGUGGCAUAAGAGAAGUGCCCUCCUUUAUUGGUCUUUUGAAAAACCUCAAAGAAUUAUCCCUUGGUGGAUGUAAAUUACGGUCACCUAAAUUAUGGAAUAUGAUGUUUAACCCUUUUCAGUUAUUUCAAAAAAGAAGUCACAUUCCGGCAGGAUUGUCAUUGGCUAGUUUGUCUGGUUUGCCUUCAUUAACCCAACUGAAUCUAAGUGACUGCAAUCUUUCUGAAAUCCCCAGUGAUUUUGGAUGCUUGUUCUUGUUAAAAUAUUUAGAUUUGAGCAAAAAUCAAUUUGUUAGACUACCCGAGAGCAUUGGCCAACUCUCUAGUCUUAAACAUCUUUGCUUGAAUUGGUGUCGCAAGCUUCAGACAUUAUCAGAGCUUCCAUUUCAUGUAUGGGUACUAGCUAGCAACUGCAUUUCAUUAGAUACAUUGGCCAAUCAAAGAGGACAAUGCAAUUCGGUGCUACAAGGAAGAUUUGUUAACUGUUUUAAAAUGGUGGAGAAUGAAAGCUGUAAGAGUAUAGCACUUCCAUUGCUAACAAGCUACCUGAAGUCUCUACAUUGUGGUUUUUUACAUGGACCUAAACCUGAACCUGAAGCAUAUUCUGAAGAAGUUAGAUUUGACUUUGUUGCUCCUGGAAAUGAAAUUCCAGAGUGGUACAAUCACCAAAGUGUGGGGUCUUCAAUAACUGUAGAGCUGCAUCCAGGUUGGUCUAGGAAUAAGUUGAUGGGAUUCGCAACCUGUGUUGUUUUUAGACUCCUCAAACCCUCUUUGGUUGAGUGGUUCAUUGAUUGCAUGUUGACGGCCGAUGGAAAACUCUUGAGUGGCUAUGGUCAAGUGUUUGGGGAAAAGUGGGGUCAACCUGUGUCGGAUCACAUUUGGUUCUUCUAUGUGCACCGUGAUAAAUAUCCCUGUAUACUUGAGAGUCGGGAUAUUUACCAUCAGCUUGAAUUCUCAUUUAUACCCCACUAUGUGCAGGGGCAAAUGGGUGAGGAAAUUGUGCAAGUGAAGAAGUGUGGGGUACGUGUGGUAUAUGAGGAAGAUGUGGAGGAGCUUUGGCAAACAUUAUUGAAGCAGAGCAACCUCAAGCGAGGCCUUCAACUCUAUGAUGAUGAUGCAGCAUCUAGUAGUACUGCAAUUGGUGCAAGUCUGGAAGAAGAAGAAGAACCUCAUCCAAAAAGAUUUAAACGACUCAAGCUUGACGGUGCAGGACCUAGUGACCAGAAACAUGGUUAA